UUUCUUUUGGAUCUUUGCAGGGACAGAAGAUGGAGACGCCACAAGAAGUCGUCUUAAGAACUUUACAAGACUUGGGAGCUGAGGACUUUGAAACAUUCCAGUGGUUCCUACAGCAGGAAGGGGCCGUUGGAGACUUCCCAGCAAUCCCAAAGUGUGAACUGGAGAAUGUUAACAGGGUGAAAACAGUGGAUACAAUGUUCAAGACCUACAGUAAAAACAUUAAGGAAGUGACCAGAAUAGUUUUAGGGAAGAUGAAUCACAAGAAUUUAUCAAACAUCUCAGUACCUGCAGAGAUUCUUGCUGCGUGCCAGCGAAAUGUCAAAUCCAACUUACAUAAGACGUUCCAGUGUGUGUUUGAGGGAAUUGCUAAAGCAGGAAACCCAACCCUUCUGAAUCAGAUGUUCACAAAGAUCCACAUCACAGAGGGAGGGACUGCAGGGGUCAAUGAUGAACAUGAGGUCAGACAGAUUGAAACAGCAUCCUGGAAAACAGACAGACCAGAAACAACAAUCACAUGUGAAGACAUAUUUAAAACCCCACAUGGAAGAGAUGAACAAAUCAGAACAGUGAUGACAAAGGGAGUGGCUGGCAUCGGGAAAACAGUCUUAACACAGAAGUUUACUCUGGACUGGGCUGAAGGCAUAGCCAACCAGGACAUCCAGUUCACAUUUCCAUUCACCUUCAGAAAGCUGAAUGUGCUGAAACAGAAAAAGUACAGCUUGGUGGAACUUCUUCAUCACUUCUUUAGUGAAACCAAAAAAGCAGGAAUCUACAGGUUUGAAGAGUUCUCGGUUGUGUUCAUCUUUGACGGUCUGGAUGAGUUUCGACUUUCUCUGGACUUCCACAACACUGAGAUCCUGACUGAUGUUACAGAGUCCACCUCAGUGGAUGUGCUGCUGACAAACCUCAUCAGGGGGGAUCUGCUUCCCUCUGCUCGCCUCUGGAUAACCACACGACCUGCAGCAGCCGAUCAGAUCCCUCCAGAGUGUGUUGACAUGGUUACAGAGGUCAGAGGGUUCACUGACCCUCAGAAGGAGGAGUACUUCAGGAAGAGAUUCAGAGAUGAGGAUCAGGCCAGCAGAAUUAUCUCACACAUCGAGACAUCACGAAGCCUCCACAUCAUGUGCCACAUCCCAGUCUUCUGCUGGAUCACUGCCGCAGUUCUAAAGAAGGUGUUGAAGACCAGAGAGGGAGGAGAGCUGCCCAAAACUCUGACUGAGAUGUACAUCCACUUCCUAGUGGUUCAAUCAAAACGGAAGAACGUCAAGUUUCAUGAAAAAUCUGGGACAGAUUCACCCCGGAGUCCAGAGAACAGGAAGAUGAUCAAGUCUCUGGGGAAAUUGGCUUUUGAGCAGCUGCAGAAAGGCAACCUGAUCUUCUAUGAAUCAGACCUAACAGAGUGUGACAUCGAUAUCACAGCAGCCUCAAUGUACUCAGGAGUGUUCACACAGAUCUUUAAAGAGGAGAGUGGAAUGUAUGAGGACAAGGUGUUCAGUUUCGUCCAUCUGAGUGUUCAGGAGUUUCUGGCUGCUCUUCAUGUCCAUCUGACCUUCAUCAACUCUGGAGUCAACCUGCUGGCAGAAAAACAUACAUCAUCAUGGCUGUCUAAAGUAUUCAGAAAAAAACUAAGACAUCUCCACCAGAGUGCUGUGGACAAGGCCUUACAGAGUCCAAAUGGACACCUGGACUUGUUCCUUCGCUUCCUCCUCGGUCUUUCUCUUCAGACCAAUCAGGCUCUCCUACGAGGUCUUCUGACAAAGACAGGAAGUAGCUCACAGACCAAUCAGGAAAUAGUUGAGUACAUCAAGAAGAAGAUGGAUGAGAAUCUGUCUGCAGUGAGAAGCAUCAAUCUGUUCCACUGCCUGAAUGAACUGAAUGAUCGUUCUAUAGUGGAGGAGAUCCAACAGGCCCUGAGUUCAGGACGUCUCUCCACAGGUAAACUGUCUCCUGCUCAGUGGUCAGCUCUGGUCUUCAUCUUACUGUCAUCAGAAGAAAAUCUGGACGUGUUUGACCUGAAUAAAUACUCUGCUUCAGAGGAGGCUCUUCUGAGGCUGCUUCCAGUGGUCAAAGCCUCCAAAAAAGCUAUGCUGAGUGGCUGUAACCUGUCAGAGAGAAGCUCUGAAGCUCUGUCCUCAGUUCUCAGCUCCCAGUCCUCUAGUCUGAGAGAGCUGGACCUGAGUAACAACGACCUGCAGGAUUCAGGAGGGAAGCAUCUCUCUCCUGGACUAGAGAGUCCACACUGUAAACUGCAGACUCUCAGGUUGAGUGGCUGUGACCUGUCAGAGAGUAGCUGUGAAGUUCUGUCCUCAGUUCUCAGCUCUGAGUCCUCUAGUCUGAGAGAGCUGGACCUGAGUAACAACGACCUGAAGGAUUCAGGAGGGAAGCUGCUGUUGUCCGGACUUCAGAGUCCACACUGUAAACUGGAGACUCUCAGACUGAGUCGCUGUAACUUGUCAGAGAGAAGCUGUGAAGCUCUAUCCUCAGUUCUCAGCUCAGAGUCCUCUAGCCUGACAGAGCUGGACCUGAGUAACAACAACCUGAAUGAUUCAGGAGGGAAACUGCUGUCGGCUGGACUGAAGAGUCCACACUGCACACUGGAGACUCUCAGUCUGUCAGGCUGUCUGAUCUCAGAGGAAGGCUGUUCUUCUCUGGUCUCAGCUCUGAGCUCAAACCCCUCCCAUCUGAGAGUGCUGGACCUCAGCUACAAUCAUCCAGGAGACUCAGGAGUGGAGCUGCUGUCGGCUGGACUGAAGGAUCCUCUCUGGAGACUGGACACUCUCAGGGUGGAGCCUGCUGGAGUCAGAUGGUUGACACCAGGUCUGAGAAAGUAUUCCUCUGAACUCACACUCGACACAAACACAGUGAGCAGAAGACUCAAACUGUCUGACAACAACAGGAAGGUGACAUAUGUGGAGGAGGAUCAGUCAUAUCCUGAUCAUCCAGAGAGGUUUAGCUACUGGUGGCCUCAGCUGCUGUGUAGAGAUGGUCUGACUAGUCGCUGUUACUGGGAGGUCGAGAGGAGAGGAGGGGUUUCUAUAGCAGUGAGUUACAGAGGAAUCAGGAGGAAAGGAGCCCAUGACUGUUUGUUUGGAUGUAAUAAUCAGUCCUGGAAUCUGUUCUGCUCUGAUGAUGGUUACACAGUCUGUCACAAUGACAGAGAAACAGUCUUCCAUCUCUGCUCCUCCUCCUCCUCCUCUGACUCUGAGAGAGUAGCAGUGUAUGUGGACUGUCCUGCUGGCUCUCUGUCCUUCUACUCAGUCUCCUCUGACUCACUGAUCCACCUCUACACCUUCAACACCACAUUCACUCAGCCUCUUUAUCCUGGGUUUAGGGUUGGAUUUCCUGGUUCCUCAGUGUCUCUGUGUCCUGUGGAGGAUGGAGAGUCUCCUCCUGUCAGAGAACCAGACAGUUGAAUCUGAUCAGGAUCAUCAGCUGAUGUUACUAAUUACUACUUAAGAUACUUAUUUCUACACUGUGGUAUCAGUACUUUAACUUGAGUACUUUGUGGUAUAUUUUAUAUUCUUAUUUUUUACUAUGAUAUAAUGUUUUUAUUGUGUUAUUAUAAUUCUAAGAGUCAGUUUUGUCGUUAGUAAACCGCCGUACAGAUCUGGGUUCUGUUUCAGGAAGCAGGUUUUGUGAAAACUCUGACUUAGUUACUAUGGUAACUUCACCUCAGACUCAGUAACUUCACCUCAGAGUCAGUUA